AUGGCCGCUCCUCGAUCUACUUCUCUGCGUGCUCUGCGCCAGAUCACUCAGCAAACUGUUACCCCCGUUGCCCGUCGUGGCCUUCACAUCACCGGCGUUAAGUCCGCUCAGCCCGCUGGCUCGGCUGACAAGGCCUCUCUAUAUGCUGCUCGCAGCCUUCCAGACCUUAAGGUCGAGUGCCAACGACGCUCCCUUCGUGCUGCUGGCAGCAAGUCGGAGCUGAUUGAGCGCCUCUCCAACCACGAUGUCCUCCAGUCCCGAGCCUUCAGCAUUGCCAUGCGCCGUAUUAACAGCAGUGCCUUCUCUGAUUCUUCAUCCCGCCAAUUCAACACCUCCCGCUCCUCCAAGGCUGUCGGUGACUCCUCCACAGUCGACUUCAUUUACAUGCCCUCUUUGGCUGACAUGGAGGCGGGCCCUGUGCGAUCCGGUCUUCGAGUCCCGGUCCUUCCCGACAUGUCCUCUCACGGAGUGUCCCAUACCCCAUCCGCCCCACCCAUGAAACCCCAGAUCUACACUGUCGCCGGUGCCGGCGCUGACGUCGCUGCCAGCGCUAUGAGCGAAGUCGUUGACAACCACUCUGUGGAUAUUGACCCCUUCUCAUUGACUGAGGCUGUGGUCCGCUCACAAGUUGGUGAGGAGUUACAGCGUCAGGCUAACGGCUCCGUGUCUACUGAGUCGGGCGUUGUGAAAGAGCUGUGGACUGGAUUUUUGGAUGAUGUCCUUGGUCCUAAGCAGUCUCUUGCUCGUCAAUAA